GCAUCGUAGUUGUGGAUGCGCAAUAAACUUGACGAGCCAACAACGUAACGCCGUUCAUCGCACUCUGACAAAACUAUGCAGUUGAAACUAAUGCCAUCAGUACUUACUUACGUCUGACCAAUGAACUCACCGUCGUUGCUGAAUCGGAAAAACCAUCGACGCUUAUUAAAUGCAGUAAUCAAGGUUCAUAAUGUUGUGCGAUCGAGCAAAGAGACGUGUUAAAGUUACGAUGUAACACGAGACAGACGUUUCCUAUAACCCAUGGCAAAAAUAAGAACAACAGAGAGAAUAUCAAUGAGAGUCAAAAGAGUUUUUCGUUAUUUAACGAUACUGUAAUAGAUUACCAAUCCGUAACAUCGUUAUUGUGGCAGUGAACAUCGCUGAAAAGUAAUAGGCGAUAACAGCGUGUAAUAAUAAUGGCGUCCAAUAAUCAACGGACACCCUCGGCUCCGCCGCAGCCGAGAUGGUCUAACGAUGGUAAAAAAACUGUCAAAGAACAGCAGCAGCAGGUACUUAAUCAAGUGAAGGAAAUGUUUGGCAGUAUCUUAGAGCCAGAUAUAAUAUUGUCUGUCGUCCUGAAUUGUAAAUGGAAACUACAACCAUCGAUCGACGCGCUGAUCAUGCUCUCAGAAAAUGCUGAAAUUCCAUUCAAUCGUGGCAGUCAAAAUUUUAGCCAACACAGCAGUCGACCAAUGUCAAAUUCAAUGGGAAUGAGUUCCGACAGCGGGAAAAGGAUGAGAAAUGACGAUCAGGAUAAAACGAUGCAUAAAUCAAACGUUGAGAACGACACUACAACUGGCUUCCUUAACUUGAAUGAUAAAGAAUUGCUGCGUCAACAGGAAGAAUUUCGGAAGUUUGAACUGCUCAAGAAAGAUUUGACGGAUAAAGAGUUUGUCUCCCUGGUUAAUGAGAACGUGUCGAAACUCAGCUACCCUAACGAGAGUACGAAAGUACCGCCUCUAAAACUGCAACAAUUUGGCCAAGCCUGGUCAUCUGGAAAUCAGACAACUGGAAAAGCUGAUUUUUCCAAAGUUUAUUAUUGCAGCGACAUAGAAAGCGAAUCGCCGUGUGCUCAAAUAAAUCCUACGAUGAAUCAGCUCUGGGGUAAUACAAGUAACAUAGGUCAAAGAAAAGCCAAAGAAACUAACAAUCAAUUUGAUAAUCUGUUCGGAAGCAAGCUCCAAUUCUCACGCGAUCUCCCCGAUAAAAUCGGGAACAAAGGAACUAUACCGAAAAAUAAUAAGACACAAAACCAACAGUUGUUUUCGCCUCAACAGCACCAGCAACAUCAGAACUUUAACCCUGAUCAUCCCGGCUCUGCCCAAAGCCCAAAAUCAAAAGAUACGAAGAACUUGAACCCCAAUGAAGGUUCAAAGUCGCAAUCUGCAGAGCCAAACAUCAAAGGGUUUCCCUACGCUUCGAUUCACUUCACUUCCGCCGAUUAUAAAUCGACGGAUUACGAACAUGACUUCCAAGAACCACAAAUGGAUCAGCAUCAGCAGCAAGUUGAGCAGUUCGGUUCAAACUACGAUGAUGAGAUAAAGAACAGAACGGGAAAUGGUAAAUCAAACCUUUACAAAGGAGAAACAGAAUCGCUCUGUGGACUGAAAGUUCAAUACCGUCUUCCUGGAUUGGAAAAUAGCUCAGAUGAUGAUGCAGAUGUUGUCAUAGAGGAAGAGAGAACAGACUAUCCUACGCAGAUACCCUCCCUCGUGUCGACCAAUGUGUGUCAAUUUAUAUCUAGCUCUAUUGAAAGACAGCCGAAAAAUACGCGCCCUGAAAUGUCUGUAAGCAGCACGCCGUCUCCGUCUGACUCUCCGCAACACAGUACCUACGACAAUACAUUGCAAAAUAUAAUAUCCUCAAUCAUUGAAGGCCACAAAGUUUUAAUCAUCACGCGGGGGCUACCUGGAAGUGGUAAAUCGCAUCUAGUAACGAAUAUCGUUAGAUCCUCUGUAGGUGGGGAUCCGCAUCAAUUCGUGUUCAGUGCUGAUGAUUACUUUGUAAUGUUAGGAAGAGGCACAUAUCAAUUUGUCCGUUCAAAAUUGACCGAAGCGCACAGCUAUACACAAAAACGGGCUUUCAAGGCAAUGAGAGAUGGCGUCAGUCCAGUUAUUGUCGACAACACAAGUACUCAGUCGUGGGAAAUGCAACCGUACGUUGUAAUGGGGGUUCAAAAUGGAUACAUUAUCGAAGUUGUCGAGCCGAAUACACCGUGGGCUAAUAACGUGAACGAAUUGGUUAAAAGAAAUACACACGGGGUGUCCAAGGAUACUAUAAGACACAUGAUAGAAAGAUAUGAAAGAAACAUCACGGGACCGAAGCUUGUAGAACAGUUUUCCCUUCGUUAUUCGCCAGAUAAUGUUCCCCCGCAAUACAGGAAAUUCCCACCCCUGAGUUCGAUGAGCAAGAACCAGGAACAGCAGAAAAACGAAAAGCAGAAAUCUACGAAAAGAAACAGGAGGCGAAAAAAAGCCCAAGCCUUCAACAGCGAUGACGCGUUCACUGUGUCAAACACAGAUGAAUUGGAUCACCUACUCAGCGACAAAGAUAAGAACAUGAAACCCUCCGCUAAUUCUCAUGGAUCACAAAACACCAAGGAUACCCUGGAAAAUAUUGUGUCGAAUGCUCUAAUGUCUGAAAAUGAUACUCUUAAUAAGUCUCUCGUCGAUUAUUGCAUCGAAACCGACUCCAGUGAUGAAAUGGAUGUAGACAAAGUCCCUGGCCAGCAAGAAGAUUGCAACAGUCCUACUGAUAAUAACAAAGUGCUUGACUUACUCAGCGAAAAUGUCGUCAAUGACCGUAAAUGUGAAGUGCCUUUAAGCAAUAAUUCCUCGCCUUCCCUUAGUAAGGACGAGGGUAAUUCUCGGUCGGAAACGAUGCAAAACAACGACUCACCUUCAAAGUCGAACGAUUUCAACACAAGAAAAAUUUCAAGCAACCUUCAGCAUCAGAGCCUAGGAGCUAUUGGAUCGGAGAGAAAAGGGAGUGUCACUACGAUAGAAUAUGAAACAGCGAGAAAAAAUGCUGUAGAUGAAUGUAAUCAAGAGAAUCCAGAAAAUAUUCUAUCGCAGUGCUGGGAUUUCACUUUACUCGUAAACGGCAGACAAAUACAUAGCACUGGUAAUUAUAAACCUUCGAAAACGUUCAAACAAAAUGAACCAGAAUUCGAAGAUAUUGAGAAAGAAGUUGAUUCAAACAUUGAAACGGAAAUUGAGAUAGAUCCCGAUUAUCCGACAGGCGUUAUCAUAACUGAAAUUGAUACUGAGGAGGCCGAGGUCGAAUGGAGAAAGUCUGUAAGCUUAGUUGAAACCUUUGGGGACAAUAUAUCAAUCUCCGAAGAUCCGGAAGUGACAAUCACAAACAUAAUGAAAAAAAUGGACGCCGAGGAGCCAGAAAUAGAUGUCGAAUGCAAAAUGAACCCCUUAGAUACUGACUUUAUUUCAGAAUUGGUUGACACAGAACCAGAAUCGAGCUCUGAGAGCCAGGGAUUGAUCGGGUCGAUAUUCACUGGGAUAAAAAAUUCUCUGUUAGGUUUCAAUAGCAAUACUAGACGUGUCGAGGACACUGUGAGAAACGAGGAGAGUAUGAUGAAGUACAAGCAUCAAACGAACGAUAAUUCCCUAUCGGAAACAGAUGCUUUUGAAAACGAAAUGUCUCACAGAGAACCCAGCGUUAUCCCCCCUAAAGAAAACGAUUCCCAAGAAACUGAACCAAACUCGGUGCUAACUGGAAUAUCUACCACUAUAGUAGGCGAUGAUUUAAGUUCCAAAUUAUCUGACUUAAAUUUAAACAGCACUCUUGUUGCAUCGACUGACUAUGAUAAAGGUUUAUUAUGUCAGUUAUCAACGCCUGUCAUGUUUGAUAAUACUGAAAAUGGUGCAAACUCAAAGCUUGUAGUUAACGAUACAUUGACAAAGAAAUUGGCUGGUGAAAAUAGAGGCUCGCGAACUCAGAAUCAGACUCAAAAUCCGUGUGCUUAUUCAUCCAUAGAGGCAAACGACGCUUUUAAAAUCAAUGAAGAUGAAACGAGUAAUGGACAAAUCACGAAUGAAAAGUCUCAAAGAAUUUAUGAGUCUGACAGGGAAGAUCUUAUCGCAUUAAAGCUACAGGGUGAUGGAGAUCAGGGUGAAGAAGAAAAUAGCAAAAAUCUUGUAGAGAGUAUCGACAAGUUAAUUAUAUCAAGUCAGAGCGAUAUUGAUCAGAUUCAGAAAGUUGAAGGAGUUCCAGAAAAUCCUUGCGAUUUAAAAAUGACUGGUUUAGAAGGCAAUACCUCGACCGAGGAAAUUAGUGAAAUAAUCUGCAAGAAAAAAUUCGCAUAUACCUGCGGAAUUGAUUCUAAUGACAAGGAAUCCGAGUCUGGUGAAAUUGAACCCUCGAAUUUGAUCUCAAGUGCGGAAAUUUGUAAGAAAGAAACUGCAAAAGUCCCGGAAAGUAAUGUCACCGAAUUAUUAAGUACAGAAAGAGAAUCUCUAAGCAAAAGUCAUGACUUGAAAUUAACUAGUGACAAUAAACCUGAAGACCUGUCUCCUGCAUCUCCUACAGAAAAUAGUUUGGAAUAUAAAAGCGAGUAUUCGGCACUGCUCGAAGGUGAAAAAGAAAGUGAAAAUAAUUUUGAAUCCUCGAUUCACCCUGACAAUAAUUUGGAUGAUUCCUCGACAGAAGAAUGUUGUGAAUGUUUUGAAGAAUGCUGCGAAUUGUUGAUACCAUCGGAUACAGAAGAUUUAAUCGAUGUGAAACCAGUCGAAAAUGUUGAUGAGGCAAAAACUACUACCAAUCAAAACCUGGGUGGAGAUGGAGAUAAGACUGAGAGUGAGAAUAAAACCGUCGAAAUUAUUGAUAAUAUGAACCAAGUAACAUGGAAAGAGUCCCCAUUUCCCGUAGAACGAAUUAGUCCAGUAAAAGAAACAGAGAAGAAAUCUGACAAUGUGAUGAAGUCGGAUUCUUCUACAAACACUAGCAGUUAUGACUUCAACGUUUUAUAUGUUGGGGGUACAUCGGAAUACAGAAUUAUGAGCGCUGAAAGCAGAUCAAUAAAUAAUAAUACAUCGUUAGUUGUUGAGGAGAAACCGCCAUUGAAACUAAUGUUAGAUAAAAGCUCAAUGACUUCUGUAGUCGACAUUCUGAGUGGCGAGGAAAGCCUAGAAUUCAGAACAGAAGUUGAAACAAUAAAGAACAUGGAGAAGCUUUUAGAUAUGUUUCCAAACGUUCCUCAUGAGGACAUCAUGGAGAUUUACAAGAACCUUUGCAAUUGUGAUUUCGAUUGGACGGUGGAUGUUCUUCUGGACGGAGUGCCCGAGAACGCUACCAAGUACACUAAAAUUGAAUCCCCAAAAAUUGUGCUGGAUAGGCAGGCCACACCUUCUGCAGGUAGUUCUGAAGCUGGGGAUUCGGAGAGCCAGAAUUCUACGCCACACAAGGAAAGGCUGGACAAAAUAAAACAGCAGUCAAGUAGCUCAGAGUCUAACGAAGGCAAUGCUAAAGUUCAACACCAAAAUUCUAGCCCCAGGAAGAAAAAGGACAGACACAGAGUGUCGGAAGAAAAAUUAAAGCUGAAGAGACAGAUCGAAGAAAAGAUGGUAAUCAAUGAAGCCAGCUAUAAUCCUCAUAUAUUACGAGUCAAAAGGUGGAAAAACGGUGAGCCUGACAUCACGACUGAGGAACAUACAGAUGUCCAAACACAGAUUAAAAACGUCCUAGAUAGUGUGCAGUCGUUGACAUCCGAGACCGAAGAUUGCGUUGAGGAAACCCUAUCGCCAGAGACAUCCGAGAGCACUGAUGACUUCACCGAAGAUGAUAUAGAGCCAGAAGAAAUAAUGGAGUUGAAUUUAGGCCACGAUUUCAUAAAAAUAUUAGAAAAUGAGUUUGGAAAUCCUGAAUUCCAGUUCCCUGAUGGACUUUUUCCUGUUAUUCAAAUUAAAAAAUCCAUGGCACAGCAGUUACACGCACUUUGGAUCGAAAGCAUGGAACAACAGCUCAAUGCUCAACAAGAACGUCUCGACCAAAUGAUCGAAAGCGAUGCUGAAUACGCGAGAUCUUUGGAGCAAGAGGAAGCGCGUUGUUUGACUGAGCCUGUAGUCCCAAAUUUGUCACAAAUAAUGGACAUGGAAAUGGCUCUAGCCAUAUACAACAAUGAUGUGAAAAAGCAAGUGAAACUAGAAACACCUAAUGACAUGGCGUCACGAUUGACUAGACAAAUGCUCCACGAAAUGUUCGCUGACCAUGAUCCUGAAACCCUCAACGAAAUCUUGAACGCUCACAACGGGGAUUACAAAGAGACUGUUGAGGUCCUGGAAGCAAGUACAGGGCUACUUUCAAACCGCAAUAAUACGCUCAAAAAGCAAAAAAGCCUCAUAGACAGAGUGAAAAAAGAAUCCAUUGAGAGAAACGAAGCAGAGAAAAAUUCACAAGCAUCUGCUGGCACUAUCAGUUCGGAUCUAAGCGAACCGGAUGACUCAAACUUUGCAACGCCCACAUAUGAUGCUUCGAUGGAAGAAGCUCAGGAAUCGCGUAAGGAGGCUCAGCGACAACUUAUCCUCCGUAAUGAGAAUUUCAACAAAGCUACGGAAGCGUUUAGAAAAGGCAAUCGAGAAGUUGCCGGGUAUUAUUCUCAAAUGGCAAAAUUGCACUCGAAAAAAAUGGAAUAUGCCAAUUCGAUGGCGGCAAGUGCCUUUCUAUCAGCUCAGGACUGCUUGAUGAAUACUGAAAACACAUUGGAUUUACAUUAUCUGUACGUUGCUGAGGCUUUGCGCGCACUGGAUAUAUUUUUAGACCAUCAAUUAUCAAAGCUCAGUGAGGGUAAUAAAAAAUCGAUGAAUUUGUAUAUAAUUACUGGGCGAGGGGCUCGCAGUGCUAAGGGAUUAAGCAGGAUUAAACCUGCAGUUUCUAAAAAGCUUGCAUCUAAAAAUAUAAGGUUUAUUGAGGAGAAUCCAGGAUGUCUAAAGGUAGUCAUUCACAGACGGAAUAUCGCAAUGGGCUGAGUACUUAUGCACGUAUCUCAAUCAGAGGGAUAUACGUAAAUAAAUUGUGUUAUUGAACUAUUGAACAAUUGACGCGUUGACAAAUCGACCAAACAAGAAUAAUGCAGAAUUUAAAAAAAAUUGACACUAUGAUCUUGAAUAUCCAAUGGAACAAAUUCCAAGUAAUUCAAUACAUUUUUCGAAUGGUAUGCAAGAUUGUACAAGUCGCCAA